CGCGCGCGGUUUACGUCACUAGUCUGCGCCCAGGUUUCCCGGCAGGUUCUCGGCGGCUCUUCUGGUGCUGGCCGCGGUGCGGCCGAAGGCUGUCCGAGGUAGGCUCCUCUCGGCUCUCCCAUGGAGGAGGCGGCGCUCACUGCAGUCUCGGAUGCACGAACUUCCCGCGGGACGUCGCCGGAGACGGUGGCUGUGUGCGCGCAGGAGCGAGCUGCCUGCGUGGGGGUCUGAGCGGGCACCGGGGUCGCGUCCCGGAGGGAGCCGAGUCGCCCGCCGGCCUGCGACGGCCCUAAGGUAGCUACUUCCUGUAAGCGAGCUCCAGGGCGGAGCUGCGGGCUGUGUCGGCCGCCUGAGGUCGGAGAAGGGCCCCGGGGCGACUUGCUUUUUCGCGUGUUCUGGGGUGGACGCAGCUUCCCUGGUGAUCCGCAGUGAGUCGGAUUGAUUGCCAUUCAAUCCGGCAGAAGUCUGGCUGGUUGGCCCUGUCCGGUCGCGUACUCGUUAAGUUCUGCAUAUCAGUUUUAUUUGCCUUCGUGAGUUUUCAGAAGAUGGUUUCGGCUUGCUGUAACGUUUUGAGCUUGCUUGACUCAGUUCCCUGGCACUUAAUAGGGUUUACACAAAAUGCAGGGUUUGGGGUUCCUGCUUCUUUGAUUUCUCUACGAUAAUGGCAAGGCAUUUAGUUUAGGAGUGGUCUUGAGUGCAGUUUCUUUAGAUUCUAUAUCAUGUGCCCGUUUGAUACCAUAUUAAUUAUUUUUAAAGUUAAAAGAGGAAGUCUGAGAUUUGACGUUUUUCAUUCCAGUAAGCUGUAUGUAGAAGCUCUUACAGUACUUACUAAGUGAAAGAACAGGAAGGCCAGUAACUAUAUAUCUAAGUAUUUAGUAAUUUUCUGUCCUUUCACCUACUUCCAUAUUUUCUUCUUUCCAGGGUGGAACUACUCUGCCGUGGUUAAAUACUUUAAAUGGGAAUAAAGGAUAGCGUUUCCAAGAAAAUGAGAAUGAAUAAAUCAUCUCUGUUUUUUAAAAGAAAGACCAUAUUAAACUUACAUCAAAAUUAUAUUAUGGACUAUCAGUUAAGAUUGGAAAUAGUUAAAACAACACAAAGCCAAAAUUUAUAAAAUAAUCCAAACUUAUUACAGACCACUCUUUUGCCAUAAUUUGAAGAAACAUAAUUAGGUUUGAGGAUUGCGUCACCUUGUCUCCUGUACAAGCAGUUUCUCUGUUCGGUGAUCAAUGUCACUCACAGGAACUUAAGUAACUAACGAAAUGAGCCUGGGGCGUGGAAAAUAUGAUUUUUAUAUUGGUCUGGGAUUGGCUAUGACCUCCAGCAUUUUCAUUGGAGGGAGUUUCAUUUUGAAAAAAAAAGGCCUUCUGCGACUUGCCAGGAAAGGCUCAAUGAGAGCAGGUCAAGGAGGCCAUGCAUAUCUUAAGGAAUGGUUGUGGUGGGCUGGACUGCUGUCAAUGGGAGCCGGUGAAGUGGCCAAUUUUGCUGCAUAUGCAUUUGCUCCGGCCACAUUAGUGACUCCACUAGGUGCGCUCAGCGUCCUCGUAAGUGCCAUUCUGUCUUCAUACUUCCUAAAUGAAAGACUUAAUCUUCAUGGGAAAAUUGGGUGUUUGCUAAGUAUUCUAGGGUCUACAGUUAUGGUCAUUCAUGCUCCAAAGGAAGAGGAGAUUGAGACCUUAAAUGAAAUGUCACAUAAGUUAGGUGAUCCAGGUUUUGUGGUCUUUGCAACAUUUGUGGUCAUUGUGGCCUUGAUAUUCAUCUUUGUGGUGGGACCUCGACAUGGACAGACAAACAUUCUUGUGUAUAUAACAAUCUGCUCUGUGAUUGGAGCAUUUUCAGUCUCCUGUGUGAAGGGUUUGGGUAUCGCCAUAAAAGAGUUGUUGGCUGGAAAGCCUGUUCUGCAGCACCCCCUCGCCUGGAUUCUUCUGUUUAGCCUUGUGGUCUGUGUGAGCACACAGAUUAAUUACCUAAACCGGGCUCUGGACAUUUUCAACACUUCCAUUGUGACUCCAAUAUAUUAUGUGUUCUUUACAACUUCAGUUUUGACUUGUUCAGCUAUUCUUUUUAAAGAAUGGCAGGAUAUGCCUGUUGAUGAUGUCAUUGGGACUUUGAGUGGCUUCUUCACAAUCAUUGUGGGGAUAUUUUUGUUGCAUGCCUUUAAAGAUGUCAGUUUUAGUCUAGCAAGUCUGCCAGUAUCUUUUCGAAAAGAUGAAAAGGCAAUGAAUGGCAAUCUUUCUAGUAUGUAUGAAGUUCUUAAUAAUAAUGAAGACGACUUACCCUGUGGAAUUGAACACACUGGUGAAAAUAUUUCCCGUAGGAAUGGAAAUCUGCCAUCUUUUUAAGGACAUGUUUGAAAAGUUAACCUAUAAUUCUGUUAUAAAGUGAGUUUUGAGCAUCAGAAUGUAUCUGAAAAAAUUAUCCUCAAAUAAUGUCCUCUAAAGACAAUCUUUUUUUAAGUUUUCACUAAUUUGGAUCAAGAAAUUACUUUUCUUAUAGUUAAACAAUGGUAGCUCACUAAUAUGACCUCAGUACAUGGCUAAUUUCUAAUAACAUUGUAUUAUUGUAAAGGUAUUUUACAUUUUUAUUCAUUCUCCAGAAAUUUAAAUGCACUAAUGACAAGUUUUAAGCUUAUAAAAAUGUUUUAUUUUUUCCAUUGGUGAUGAACAUUAAAAUGUACAUUUGUGAUCCCCAUUCCAUCAAUACCUCAUCAUACUAAGGCUUUUUGAUUAUAAAUUAUGUGUGUGUGAUUCCAAGAAAAUAAUUCUCAGGUGGUGAUUUGUCACCCAAACAUCUGGUUUCCCGCACACAUCUGCUGGCCCCCUUUUGGAAAAACCCACUGUGCUAUCAGUUAGUACUUGCUGUUUCCAUGGUGACUGGAUCUCUGUGUCAUCUUAUGGAGCUCUUGGACCUCUCAGUGUGGUUCAGAAUGGGCUAGAUUGUCAUUCAGCCCUUAACUCUGCCUUAUCAACAGAAACUUGAGUUUCCUUAAAUUUAGAAACUCGUGCUUGCAUAAAAUGGCAGGUUGGAACAAAAUCUUUAUUUUGAUCCUAAUUGCUUAGGUUUAAAAUGUUUGUAAAAUAGGUCUCUUUGAACCAAGUGAUUUAUUUUGCUUCAGAGUUUGCUUUUUUUUUUUAAAUAGAAACUGUGAAAAAAUGUUUAUAGAAAAAAUACAAGCAGGUACAAAAAGGUUAGGCCAAUGUAAGGAACACUCUCCAGCUUUAGACUCGCCCACUUCAAAGUCAUGUACUAGCUUAAAAAAAAACCACUCCCCUCCAUCCUAUCCCUCACUGACAGGAAGAGCUGAAGCUGUUUCCUGGUCCUGCCCAUGGUUGUAUAGUAGCUUAGUACUGGUUUUGUGGGGGGAAAAAAAGUUUUUUUUGGAGUGGGGGUAGCUUUGUUCUAUUUAUUAUUGGCACUCUUAAGGAUUCUUGCCUUCUUUUCCUCUGACUCCCUCUAUGUAAGUCCUUUUCGGGCCAUACUUGGUUUCAGUCACAGGACCUAGUAUAUUCUACACAAUUGUUCUAAAACUGAGCUACAGUUCCAGCCUUCCUAUAUAACUUAUAAAUGUCAGACAGAAUAGGCUUCCCCCUUACCCUCGCAGAUAUAAUUUAUGUCUGUUUUAUGUACUGUAUGUCUUAUUUUGCACAUAAAAAAAAAGCCAAUGUUCAUUCCCUUGGGGGUGAAGAGUUUCCUCAUUGAGAAUGUGUGUUGUACAUACAACACUUUAUACGUACGGAAUCUUGUAUGCAAGCAUUUUAUUUGGCCUGUCACUUGGUAAUAUAGUUGUUAACUUUUAAAAUCUACACUUCAUAGGGUCAGUACAGAUGCCAUUACGACUAUUCAUAUCAACAAAAAUAUUUUAGGUAACUUUUUGAUAAAUAGGCUUGUUUAAAAUGUUACUCAGGUUUACAGUACAGCUGGAUAGUACCUGUGUUUUAUUUUCUGUGUAAAAUAAAGCUCAAAGCUUUUGGACUUUGGGGUUUCCCAGCCCA